AUGCUCAAUAAUUAUAUUCACAAAUUAGUUUAUAUUUUUUUUUUUUUUUUUGUUUCAUUGAAAGUUUCAUAUUGUAAUUUGCAUUAUUUAGGAUUAGAUUGGAAUCAAAAUGUUGGAGGUAAAUGGAUUUGUGUUGAUAAAAAUUCACAACCUAAUAUCAAAGAUUUUUUUUAUAAAUAUAAUGGUGGUUUUCAUAAGUAUAUUUAUAAAACUUAUAAUUUUUCAUAUCCCAAUAAACCAACAGGAAAUGGUGUAUAUGUUUAUUUUUCCCAAAAUGGUGAAAUAGCCUAUAUAGGAAAAUCGUGGCAGAAAAAAUUUAACGGGAUUUAUGAUAGGAUUGCAGCCCAUCAAAAUAAAGAUUUGUUUGGCCAACCAAAAAAUAAAGAUGAAAUUCUAAAAGAAAUAAAUGGUUUACUUUCACAUGAUGAGAUUCAAAAUAUUGAAAAAAGAGAGAAAAUUACUAAAUAUUGUUACCUACCAAUUCCCAAUAACUCUCCAAGAGAAUUAGCAUAUUAUAUAGAAGGUAGUUUACUCUCAAUUUUCCAUUCUUCUAUUAAUUCUUGGCAAAACGGAGGCCCUUCUGGUGAUACGGGUAUUUUUAAUCGUUUUAGAAUUCCAAUAAUAAGAUAUACCACAAAUGAAUAUUCUAUGUUGUAUACUGCAAAUGAUGAAAAUGUUAAUAAUUACUAUUCUGUAUUUGAGAAUCCGGACUUUUAUAAAAUUUUUUAUUACUUCAAGAAUUAUCAAAAAGUAGAAGAUGAUUUGGAAAAUUGUGAACAAGAAUUAAAAAUAAAUAAAAAUGAAUUGAAACGAGAAAUUUCGUCAAUCCAAAAAUUUUUGAAAUCCACCAAUUUGGAGGAUGCAUUCCAUAAUUUUAGAAUUGGAUAUAUAAAGGGUCACUCGAAAAACAGUAAUCAAGCAGUACCAGGGGUUACUUUUACUAAUAUGCUGUCAGCUCUGUUUUAUAAUGUUAAUUUGUUGCCAAAGUCUAAUGAAAAUGUUGAAAUGCUUAUUAAAAUUUUAGAAAAAGUACAAAAUGAUGGAAAUAAAAAUAAAGCUAAUGAAGUUUUUUGUCCUCAGGAAAAAUCUUUAAAUUAUAAAAUUCAAACUUUAGAAAAGAACAAUGAAGAUGCUAGAAUAGUAAAUAAUCAACUUAAUUCGACGAUUAAUUCAAAUGAAAUAAAAAACAAAGACAUAAUUUCAAAACAAGAAAAUGAAAUUAUUACUUUAAAAAUUGAAAAUCAAAAAUUAAAAAGUAACAUUACUCUAUUAUAUGGUGAAAUUUCAAUUUUAGAAAAACAAUUAAAUGGUAACAUUACUCAAUUAAAUGGUGCAAUAUCAAUUUUAGAAAAACAAUUAAAUGGUAACAUUACCUUAUUAAAUGAAGAAAUUUCAUCAUUGAACUCAAUAAUUACUGAUUAUGAAAGAAAUAAUACAAUUUUGACUCAUCAAGCAGAGCUUGAUUCAUUUGAAUUAAAAUCAUAUGAUCAAUGUAUUAUUGAUAGAAAUAGAUACAAAAUGGAAUCAGAAAAAUCACCAUUUAAUUUAAAACAAUACCCAUCGUUGGUUAAAAUUGAUGAUGUUUCACAAUGUCCAAAAUAUAAAUGCUUAAAAAGAAAAUCAUUAAAUGAGUGGACUAUUGGACUAAACAUCCCAGCUUUUUGUAGAGAAAGUCGAUAUGAUUGUUCGUUGUGUUACAAAUACAUAGAAUGCAGUUUUUCUGAUGAAUUUUAA